AUGGAUGAUAAAGAACAAAUAAAAGAAAAGAAGGCAGAUAAUAGUAGUAGUUUUCCUCUUUCAGAAAAAGUUAAAAAACAGAAGAAAAAAAAAAAGAAGAAAAAGAAUAAUAAUGAAAAAAGAGAAAAGGAAAUUAUAGAAGCCAAAUCAAAUAUAGAGGAUAUUUUUAGUAAUAAAAAAGUUAAAGAAAAUAAUAAUAAAAAGGUAAAGGAAGAUAAUAAUAAAAAGGUAAAGGAAGAUAAUAACAAAAAGAUAAAGGAAGAUAAUAAACUAAUAAACAAAAAUGAAGCAAAUAAAAAAAAUAAUAAUAAAAUAUCAAAUAAUAAAAAAAAAAUAGAAUCAGAAAGAUUGCGUACUCCAGACGGAUUACCCAUAUAUUCUAUGGAUGAAUUAAAUAUGGGAAAGGGUGGCUACACAAAAAAUUGUCCCUUUGAUUGUAACUGUUGUUUCUAA